AUGUCAGACACUUUCUUUGGGUCAAUCCAGAAGGAGGGCACCAUAUACCGUGACGAGGCAGGAUUCGAUGACAACUUCAAGCUCGACAUCAAUUUUGCGAAGAUGGAGUUUGAGGAAACCCUUAAUGUCUCAGAAGCAUCCUCCAUAUUUCAUGUCAACUAUUGUGGCAAGCCACGGGUCUUGAAAGUGUUCCACAAAAAUGGGGAUCCUGGGUACGCCCACGACCAUAUUCGAGAUUUGGACCGCUCUCGCUGUGAGAUUAGAGCCUAUUGCAGGCUUAAACAGUCUAAAAUAUGUGAUUCUGGUGCUGUGCCAGAUUUCUACGGGUUUAUACUAGCCAUUGACCCAGCCAAAUGUGCUCCUUAUCUAGAUGCCUUUCAGCAUGACACAGAUUUUCCAUGUGCCAUUCUGAUUGAGUAUCUGCCAAAGCCUUUGGUAAUGAACUGUGUUACUUAUACAAGAGAACAUAUGCAGAAAGCUGUCAUUAACAUUCAGCAAAUUCAUUCAGCUUUAGUUGAGUAUAAUGAUCCUUACUCAAAGAAUAUCCUCAUUGUUCCUGGUGAUCAAGAAAGAGUUAUAUGA